AUGACCGCUUCGCCAACAACUCCACGACAUUCCCGAAACUCGUCAGCGGCCGACAGCUUUCAUGGAUAUUAUCACGCUCGGAGGCAAUCCAAAUCAUCUGUGAAUGAUCCCGCCACGCCGUUUCCGAACGACCUGCGCCAUCAAGAUAGCAUAGAUCUCGGGGUGCUAACCAGCGGGGGUCCUGCUGCCGUCAAUGGCAUGGGUAAUUUAGCAGACGAACUUGCCGACGCAUUCUCGGAUUCGAAUGACGAGGAUGAGGCUGAAUAUGAAGAAAACAGAGUUCAUAUGCCACAUUCCCAAAUUACGGAGACACAAACAACUGCUGCUGAUGGGAGAGGAGCUGGUGGAUUGGGCCAUGAUUCUACACCGACAAACAAUGCACCUGAUGGUCAUGGAAUUAAUGAUAGACUGCUUUCGCCUCAUGGCAGGGGGCAUCAGAGGAGAAAUACAGACUAUGACGGCAGCGAAUACGGCUCAGAGUCAGAUCUUGACUCCGGUGGUAUGCCUCCCACGCUAAUCGCGAAAAUCGAUGCGAUCGAGUCUCUCGCUCGGAGAGGAACAGAAAACUAUGGCGGCCCUGGCGAUGAAGUAAUCCAACGAGUGACGGACGGUCUGCGGGAUCUCGGCCCGCAGUCAACAGUCGAAGGAAAUGCGUCCAGGCUAAUAACGGCGCAUACGGCACUUACCAGCCAUCUCACGCACCAGACUCGCCAGCUACAUAGCCUAACAUUUCCAUUACUGUCUCCUCUCGCAACUGCACCGGAUACCGAAAUAGUUGAUGGCCUUGUUCCUCUGUUAGCAUCCCUAUCGGACGACAUGCCCCGGCCGUCGACAACAGCCUUUAAUUCCUUGACCGCACUUCAUACUAUUACCUCCGAAUUAAUCCAGACUUUGAGCUAUCUCUCAGACACGCUACAUAUGUCCCGACAGACGACAGCAACAGCCACUAGAAGGCUGAAGAGUGCAAAGGAGUUAGUUGCCGAAAUGCGACGUGACGAGGAGUUGCGGGAAGAGGGUGAGCGAUGGCUAUCUCGCGGCAACUGGUCUCAGCGCCUUGAGAAUAGGGAAUGUGCGAAUGUAUGCGGAGAAGUGAUUGGAGGCUUUGAGGAUGUUUGCAAUGGCUGGCGACAAAGGCUUCUGGCGCAGGCAGAUUCUCAGGCGUGA